AUGCCACUGACGGAGUGGGCAGAUCCAAUCGCCGGCGAUGCGCGGCAACAAGGCGCGCACAUGCUCGAGGUCACAAGGUACAGUCACUUCCUCCACAGGCGCAGGGGCGUCGGCUCCGCCGGCGGCCGUAGGUGCGUCGAGUCCGUCGGCUUCACCGUCGGCGGGUACCAGUGGGCAAUCCUCUUCUACCCCGACGGAGACGACAACGCGCCCGGCAGCUCGGGGUACGUCUCCGUCUCCCUCGCGCUCGUCACCCGCCCCGCCAGGGUGAGGGCGUCCUUCAACCUGGGCCUGGUCAACCGCGCCACGGGGCUGCCGUCGUUCCAGCCCGAGGACACGACGGCGGUGUUCGACAACGCCGCCUGCUGCUGCUGCCGCAUGUACCCGUACCCGUACCCCAUCCCCACCUGCCGCCACGAACGGAAGCAGGGCUCCUGCCACGGCGUGCCGAGGCUCAUGAGACGGUCCGAGCUGGAGGCGUCGUCCUCGGCGUACCUCCGCGACGACGCGGUCACCGUCGCGUGCGUCGUGACGGGCGUCACCGGGACGGCGCUCACGUCGUCCCCUGGCGCGCCGGAGAUCAGGGUGCCCGAGCGCAACCUGCACCUGCACAUCGGCAAGCUGCUCGUGUCCCAGGAAGGCGCCGACGUGACCUUCGAUGUGGAUGGUGAGGCAUUUGCAGCUCACAGGAUCAUCCUCGCUGCCCGGUCGCCGGUCUUUGAGGCGGAGCUCUACGGCUCCAGUUCCACUACGGAGACAGACGACGCGCACACUGUCACGGUACGUGACAUGCGGCCGGUCACUUUCAGGGCGUUGCUCCAUUUCAUCUACACCGACUCCUUGCCGGCCAUGAGCCAUCUGAGCAUGGACGAGAUGAGAGAGCUGGUCCAGCAUUUGCUAGCGGCCGCGGAUCGAUAUGCCGUUGACAGGCUCAAGGUGAUGUGCGAGCACAUCCUUGCCAGGACACUCCAUGUGGAAAACGCAGCUACCACAUUGGCUCUAGCCGAUCGGCAUGGCUGCGACAGGCUUAAACAUGCUUCCAUCCAUUUCAUGGCAUCGUCUUCAGAUAAAAGUGAAAUGGGUGAUGAUGUGGCUAUAGAAGCAUUGAAGACAAUGUAA